GAUCUCCCUAAUGAAUUCAUUUUAGAAAAUCGAAAAGAGCCCCAAAAAAAUCCUCAUCUCCAUUCUGAGAUUCCUCACCUCAAUCGUGUGGUCUGCAAAACUCCAUCAAGCCAAAGCUUCAAACCCAUCAACAUCCAUACAAAUAAAUCUUCUUCCAUUUCAUUCUUCUGAUUCAUCUUUUCCGUGAUCUCUUCUUCCCCUAAUCUCACCUUAAUCAUGUCCGCCGCCGCCGCCUGUGUUCUUUGGGGAAACGCCUGCAAUCUUCUCUCGUCGGAAACCGCCGCCCCCGGAGGCGGGAGGCGGUCGUUCUCCCCCAUUCGUCAAGCAGAGAGAAGGUUCUCAGUCAACUGGUUCAAUGAUAGAAGAAGACGGAGAAGAUGGUCAGAGAUCAGAUCUGGUUCUUCCAAUUCAGGUCGCGAUUCGGAGGAAUCCGGAUCUGAGAAGACGAAUGCCGUCGGGACGUUACCGGGCCUGAAUCGCAGAUGGACCGGGUACGUUGAGAAGGACACCGCCGGCCAGAAGAACAUAUACUCCGUCGAGCCGGAUGUCUACGUGGCGGAGAGCGCAAUCAGUUCCGGAUCCGCCGGCGACUCUGAGGAGGGAGUCGAGAACACGAUGGCCAUCGUCGCCGGAAUCGCUCUCAUCUCGAUCGCGGCUGCGUCGUCCAUUCUACUCCACGUCGGAAAGAACAAACCUCCGGUUGUGGAGUAUUCCGGCCCCUCGCUUAGCUACUACAUAAAUAAAUUCAAGUCAGGCGAAAACGUUCGGCCUGCCCCGGCGCCGGCAGGGGAGAGUGCUGAACCGGCUUUGCCAAGGGAAGAAAGCUUCUCCCCGUCGCCGGAAGUUUUUCCGGUGGAGAUCCCAGCGGAUCAGCUGCCGGAGAGUAGUCUCACAUCAAGUUGAAAUUUGAAAAAUCAAUGGAUAUACUCAGGAGCAAAUUAACAUUGUUUGUGUAUUUCAGUGAUAACAUUUGUGUGUCAAAAACAAAUCUACUCUACUUUGGAUUUAUAUUUGUAAUCCUUCUCAAAAAAUUUUUACUCCGUUUAUUAGUAAAAAAAAUCGUUCAUCUCAUUAGGAUAGCAAAACUUUGGUCUAGCAAGGUCAUAUUUUCUUCACUAAUUUUAUUGGUACUGAUCUAAUUAGAAUAAAUUUUGGUCUGAUUU